UAUCGUUCAUAUAUCGAUUUUUCACACAUCUCUUUUUGUUUUGCAAGAAUUGUGAAUUCAUUGUGGAUAGGCUGCUGACGUAUUCUGUAAACAAUGGAUAAACCUCAUGCGGUUGAAAGUGUUUUCGUUCCCGGUUAUCCUCUCUUUAAAACACAGGCUUUAACCUCACAGCAAAUUUUUGUGGCCAGUUUACCCGUAAUAUGUGAACCAGAUAUUGUGGUUAAAACUGAAGAAGAAGACUCUUUAACCAGUGAUGGUUGCAAAGCACAAGAUACUGCGGAUGCGGGUAAUGAUGAUCAUUUCCGGUAUAGCAGUGAAGACAGUGACACCGAUGAGGAAAACAGUGACUCUAACGAAGAGGAAUAUAAAAGUUCAGAAUCCGAAACACCAGACGAUAAUAAAAAGCAAAAAAGGAAACGUUUAAAAGCAACUGAAAGUCUUUCGGAAGAGUCAAAAUUUACUUGUAAAAUAUGUUCAGCGGACUUUCAACGACACAGCAAUUAUACGAUACAUAUGAAGAGAAAACAUAAUGUUUUCGGGGAAUCAAUCAAUUCCAAAACGUCAGAAGAUGACUCUAAGAAAGAGGCGAAGAAAGAUUCGGAGCCUAAGCAAGAUGUAAUUGAUAAGCCAAAAAGAAAACGUUCAAAAUCAUCUGAGAAGUUGGUGUUAGAGCCAAAAGUUUCAUGUAAAAUUUGUUCAAUGGGAUUUCAACGACAUAGCAACUAUAUAACACAUAUGAAGAAAAAACAUAAAGAAGAGUUAAGGAAAAAUCCAGAAUACGGAAUUGACCCCGAUGAAAUACCCAAGAAGAAACGCUUAAAAGCCUCCGAAAAGCGGGCGUUGAUACCAAAAAUCGCAUGCAAGAUAUGUUUAAUGGGAUUUCAACGGCACAGCAACUACACCUCACAUAUGAAGAAAAUACAUAAAAUUGUUGGCGAAUCACUUCCUUAUAGUUGCCCAAACUGUCCUCGCAAGUAUGAAUUUGAGUAUGAGCUGAAACGUCAUAUGUUGAAAUACAUACCGAUCGAUGAUAGACGCGUAUUUCCUUGCCCACAAUGUGAUAGAAAAUUCCAAUCACAAGUGCAUGUGGCGAGGCACAUAAGGUUUGUUCAUGAAGAUAUCCGGCCUUUCGUUUGUGAAGAAUGUGGAGAAGCUGUGCAUACUAAGACCAUACUAAAUGAGCAUAUGCUAACUCAUUCUAAUCUUAGACCAUUUGAAUGUAAAAUUUGUGGAACUUCUUUCAAAAAGAAGAACCGUUUGAAGCGGCACAUGGAAAUUCAUGGCGAAAAGCACAUAUGCACAAUAUGCGGAAAAGAGUUAAGCUCUCGUGCAACACUUAAUAAACAUUUACUGGUACACACAGAAGAAAAAGCACAUAAAUGUGAAUAUUGUGGACGUGCCUUCAAGCUGAUUAAAACAUUGAAAGUUCAUUUAAACAUUCAUACUGGAGAAAAAAGAUAUGAAUGUGAAUUUUGCGAUAGGAUAUUUACUGCACCGUCGACGCGACGUCAGCAUAAAAAGAAAGUGCAUCCUGAAAAACUACUUGAACUGGAGGCACCUGCGUCCGCAUCAAAAAGAAUAUGUUCAGAAAACGACGAUAAAACGAAUAUCACACAAAAUACCUCGAAUUCACUUACACCCAAAUCAAAUGAUGCAAUGAAUGCAGAAGCAAUUGACUUCUCAUCAAAUGUGAAUCUUCCGACAACAAGUUCAAAUAUGUUUUAUAAAAAUUCAACGACGACGUCAACAAGAGACUAUUCUUUGCCGGACUUCAAAGUAUUGGAUUUUGUUGGUAGAAUGAUGAUGGAGUAAAGAAAUUGCCGGAAGCGCCCGCCUAUAAUAAUGUUCUUAGUUAACUUACUGUUAAAACAGGAUAAGAAUUAUUUUAUUCUCUAUGUUGUAUAUACCUAGAAUAUUAAAAUUUUAAUUAAAUUUUCUUAA